UUCGAUAAUUUUGCAUGCGGGCCAUCACCGCGGCGCAUCAACGAGAGAGGGGAGAGAACAACAACGCUGAAAUUAUAUAUAAAAUGUAUCUUUUAUACUUCAAAGGAUGGUAAAAUAGACAGACUGUGUGUAGAAUGGCAACAUACCUAUAUUUUGCAAAAAGUCUCAAGCUUGAGUUGCUACCAAGGACUGUUUUCGGAAGUACGAAAUAUGCCAAAAAAUUGUCGCCUACGAAAUACGCUCAUUUCCCGUCGUCUCAAUUAAAGUACUGCUGUCAGUCAGCGAAUCGUUGGCCUAGGAAUCAUGGCGUGCAGAGUUUACGCCGUACCAUAUCUUACCAAUUUGCAAAGCCUUAUUUUACUUGUAGCACAUUGCAGUCACAAAGUACUAGGAAUGAUGGUGAGAUUGAUAUGGGAGCAUUUCCUGUUGAAAAUAUUCGAAAUUUUAGUAUCAUCGCCCACGUGGACCACGGCAAGAGCACGUUGGCGGAUAGACUAUUAGAAGUCGCAGGUGUGAUUUCUAAGAAAGGUGACAAUCAACAAGUUCUUGAUACACUACAAGUUGAACGGGAACGAGGUAUUACAGUCAAGGCGCAGACAGCAUCUUUAUUUUACACAUACAAAGGAACAAAAUACCUGCUCAACCUCAUAGACACACCAGGUCAUGUUGAUUUCAGUUAUGAAGUUUCAAGGUCCCUCGCUGCGUGCCAAGGUGUGCUGUUAUUGGUUGAUGCAAACCAAGGUGUCCAGGCCCAAACAGUUGCCAACUUCUAUUUAGCAUUUGAGUCUGAAUUAGCAAUCAUUCCUGUUAUGAAUAAAAUAGAUUUAAAAAAUGCAGACCCCGAUUCUGUAGCCACCCAACUUGAGAACCUGUUCGACCUUCAAAAUGAAGACUGUCUCAGAAUAUCCGCCAAAAAUGGGAUUGGGAUUCACGAUGUCUUGGAAGCAGUUAUCCUUAAGGUACCACCGCCAACAAGUUGUCCAGAAAAACCGCUUAAAGCCUUGUUAUUUGACUCUACGUAUGAUCAGUAUAGGGGAGCAAUAGUAAACAUGGCAGUGAUUGAUGGUCACAUCAGCAAGGGUGAUAAAAUUACGUCUGUAUACUCGGGAAAGUCGUAUGAUGUCAGUGAGGUCGGAAUCAUGCAUCCUGAUAGGAUACCAACUCAAAAGCUACAUUCUGGUCAAGUAGGCUACUUUAUAGCUGGAAUGUACAACAUAAAGGAAGCCCACAUUGGUGACACUUUCCACCACCAAGGAAAACCUACAGAGCCUAUGCCUGGCUUCAAAGCAGCUAAGCCUAUGGUAUUUGCAGGAAUGUAUCCAAUUGACCAAUCAGAGUAUCUGUCUCUUAGAAGUGCAAUAGAUCGUUUGACAUUGAAUGAUAGCAGCGUCUCUGUUAGCUCAGACAGUAGUCCUGCGUUAGGACAAGGAUGGCGUCUAGGAUUUUUGGGCCUACUCCACAUGGAUGUCUUCAACCAGCGUCUGGAGCAGGAACACAAUGCUAACGUUAUCAUCACAUCCCCCAGUGUUACCUACAAAGCUAUCCUCAAGGACACAAAACCAAACAGACUGGAAUUUGGUGAUACAGAUGAAAUCAUGAUUACAAAUCCUUCUUCGUUUCCAGAUAUUACAAGAGUAGAGAGGUACUUGGAACCAAUGAUUAUGGCAACAAUCAUCACGCCAGAUGACUACAUUGGAAAGGUCAUUAACCUCUGCAUUGAGAAACGUGGUGAACAUGUAGAGCAGACAUAUAUUGACCAAAAGAGGGUGCUGAUGAAAUAUCGUAUGCCACUAAACGAGGUUGUCAUCGACUUUUUUGACAAAUUGAAAUCUCUAUCGUCAGGAUAUGGAAGUUUUGACUACGAGGAUUAUGGAUAUGAGCCGGCUGAUCUUGUAAAACUGAAUCUCAUGCUUAAUGGAAAAAUCAUUGACGAGCUGAGCACGGUAGUACACCGCGACAAGGCCCGCGAAGUCGGCAAACAUAUAUGUAGUAGAUUACUUGAUACGAUUCCACGUCAACUAUAUGAAGUAGCUAUACAGGCCGCUGUCGGCGGAAAGAUUGUAGCUAGAGAAACGGUGAAGGCGUUCAGGAAAAACGUCCUUGCAAAAUGUUAUGGAGGUGAUAUUUCCAGAAAGAUGAAAUUAUUGAAAAGACAAGCUGAGGGCAAGAAAAGAAUGAGAAAAUUAGGCAACGUAGAUGUCCCAAAGGAAGCAUUUAUAUCAGUGUUAAAAAAAUGAUAUAUGAUGUCAUUGGUGUUGUGUUUAAUCUAUUGCACUAUUGACCAAGUCUUAAGGGUCUAGAUUGUGUGAGGGUGCCUAUGAGAAUUGCAUCAAAGAGUAUAGAUAGAACAAGAGAGCGUAGUCCCGUUUGUAAAUACAUUACUCCAUUAGUUGGCAAAUGGAGUGGGCCUACUAUGUACGAGUUUACAGGAAGUGUUCCCACUUCAAUAGUAAUGCGAGAAGGUAAAAGAAGUAUUAGCCUUCCGCACUCUCUGAAAAGUGCUGUAUCAUGUGGAAAACAAACAGUGCUGGGUGCAGUACUGGGUGAUAGAACUAUACAGAUGACAGCGGGCAAAGCUUUGUGGAGGGUGUAUCGCAGCAAGCGUACUAGGCUUUCGUUUUUCCUAUACUCUUUGGUCACAUUAGGAGAAAUGGUCUAUCAGGCCACGAAGUUACCAAACAUGGGAAGUAUCAAUCUACGAUACAAUGUGCAGGCAAGCCCUGGUUUCCAUGAAAUCGCUACAGCCUAUCGCCAACAGCUGUCGCGACUCUUGGUAGCUACAGUAUAUGAAAAAACGCCUGAUGUUGGUGAUCACGGACUACUUGGCGCAGACCUAACUUUAGCGUUGUUAAUGCGCACGUUUAUACAGCGGUUCACAUUCACUUUAAUGUCAUUUGUUAUUGCAGCAUUAUGGUUAAUGUUUAUUCAUAGAACAAUCAGGCCCUAUGCAUAAGUUUUAUGAUUGUCGUACAAACAAUGUAAAUGUUUAAUUGAUAUUCAAUUACUUUGUAUCAAAAUUUGAUAUCGUCGUCCCAAGGAAAGUGUGAUGAUCAUCAAGGAGAAAGUGGUUAUGAUUCGGUGUCGACAAGUUGAAAAGGUUAACCAAACCGGAGAGCCUUCCCUAUUCUGUUGGAGAUUGCUGUGGUGGCAGUGUAGCAAUUUUAUGUAAUCCAGGCCGUUGCAAUGCUGCACUAUUAAACAUACUGUACUUCUUUUUGUCUUAAUAAAUUAAAUACAUGAUAUAUUUUAAAUUAUGAGUUGGAAUAGAAAAGAAUAAAUUCCUGAAAUGCUUA